AAAUUCCAUGAGUUAACAGGAUUAUUUUGAGAUUCAGUUUAGUGUUCGGGGAUGUCAUACCAGCACAUCAUAACUUGUGUGUAAUACUUACCAUUUUUUUUUUUUUUUUUUACCUGUAUCCGAGUUUAAACUUGGCAUGAGUUAAAAUUUAAGCCAGUCUUACACAGAUCAACAUAGAGGUAACUAGUGAUCUUCGAACAUUUCUGGACCGGGUUGUUAUGAAUGAAGAUGUUUCCCAAGUUAUGCUGCUUCGGGGCCAAAGUGAUCCCAGUAAGUGACGAAGUGAUGACCAUAUCCCUAAGUGACUCGAGGAACAACAACUUCACAGAUAAAGUGGUUAAAGAGGUACCAGAACCAACUAAGCACAAUUAUCAUUGUCUGCGCUGCUGCUUUUGGCGAAGGAGCAAAAAUGAAGUCAUUCCCUUUGUACAUUCUCCGGAAUACAAACCACACAACAGUGGGGACCGAGACAAUGGGUUGAGGCCGGUGCUGUCCCGUCAGUCCAAGUACCCCCCAGCACAGACCAAUGGCCAUGUGUCACCCCCACCCAUGUCCCCUGCCAGGUUCGUCUCACCCAGCCCGUCUCCUCUCGCUCCACUGCCUCCACCUUCUCCUAGCCCCUCACCAUUGCGGGAUGCUACCCUCCCGUUGGUGGCGAGUUCUCAGUCUCUACAAGUGGAAGAUCUGAGUGGGGACAAUGCCUCCGCCUCAGAGGAGCCAAGGUCACGACCCUCCUCACAACCGAAGGAAGAUGAGGUUUCCUCUGACCACGUGGAUACACUGGUUAUAGAAGAGGAGAGGCUGAACACUCCUCCUCCAGUGGAAUUACCUCCUCCACCUCCUCCCCCACCGCCAGAGCCUGAGCCAGAACCAGAAACAACACAGACUGAGGAGUUGACUGGGGAGGACAAGUCAUCACCCCUUCAUCAAAGGAGGAUCGGCAAACCCACUGGGAAACCAAGGUUAAGAGCGACCAAGGGAACUACAAGAGACGUGAUAGGAUCGGCCAGCCCUGAUGUCGCUCCAUUUUCCAAUCCAAAAGAGGCUCUGAACCGAUGUCUGCAGCAACUGGAUCAUCCAGAGUGGGAGGUGACAGUACAAGGGUUACAGACUCUGGUGCGCCUGAGCUGUCAUCACACAACACUACUGAUGCCAGUGUUACAUCAGGUGGUGGUAGCGGUCACUAAACACAUACGUAAUCUUCGCUCACAGGUUGCUAGGGUAGCAUGUAAAGCUGCUACAAACUUAUUCACCUCUCUUGGAAGAGGAAUCGAAAAUGAGAUGGAUGAGCUCUGUGCGGUUCUGCUGAACAGAACUGCAGACACAAACAGGUUCCUGCGCGCAGACUGUAAUGCUGCCCUGGACGCCAUGGUGGACCAUGUGGGAUCCUCCAGAACCGUGGCCUCCAUAGUCAACAAAGGAGCUAAGCACCAGAACGCGAUUGUACGUGCAACCGCGUGUCGUUUGCUGCUAAGGCUAUGUGGACGUCUGGGCCCUGAACGUGUGCUGUCUCUGCCACGUGAGACUCGAGAUGCGAUACUGAACACUGGCGCACGCAGUCUCACUGAGGGUAGUCUCGAUACAAGGAGAUUUGCGAAGGAGAUGUUUGUGCUGCUGAGUCAGGACCAGCGGCUGCCGAGUCUGCUGACAGAAGUCGUGCCAACCACUGUCAUGCGCUCCAUCAGCAAAGUGUUAGCACGCCUCACAGCCAAGUAAUAGGAUAUAAUAUGAAUGCAACAUAUUAGGACGGCAGGAAUAUACUCUUCAUCUGAAGAUCUCUUAACUGUGUUGCGUCAGCAUUUGUGUCUUACCAAACUCUUCGUACAUUAGAAACAUACUAUCUCAUAAGCAAAUCCAUUUAUUACAUCUAUUUUCAAAUGAGAUUAUUUUUUCUGUGCCUAUUUAUACAUUUGUAAACAUCAGACCGGAGUGAUAGAGGUAUUUCUAUGUCUAUUAUAACUAUAUGUAAUAAAUAAAUUGUACAUAAGAUUAUUUAAUGAAAAUAUAGUUUAUUCAAAGAAUGGAUAGUAUUUAUAAAACAUUAUUACCUUAGUCGUAUUUUUACUUUAACGUCUACAAGUGAUUUUGUACGUAAAAAUAUUUGUAUUGGUGAAUAGUGUAAUUUAAAAUUCUUCCUCUGUUUCACAAAGUAAUAAUAACUUAUUUUGUUCAAAAAUCUGAAUAUAAAAUUUUGUUCAGAAUACAAACCGUGGUAUAAUUUACAGAAAUGAAGAAAAGAAACUGUAUAUUUACUUCAAUGUAGCAUUUUUAGUUGUAACAGAAGGGUGCUAUUGAAAUGUAAUUUUGUGUAUUAAUUAAUAAUGUCUUUCAUUUAAGUUAACAACUAAUGUUUUUACCUGUUAUCUAUGUUUCUUUAUCAGAGUUAAUGAGAUUAAUAAAACUUGUUUAUAUAUUGA